AUGGCAGAUUACACAUCAAAUAGUUUNCAAUACCAAUACCAAUACCAAUACCAAUACCGACCAAUACCAAUACCACCAAUACCAAUACCACCAAUACCAAUACCAACCAAUACCAAUACCAACCAAUACUACCCAGUACCAAUACCAAUACUCCAAUACCGUAUUGGUAUUGUGACAUCCCUAAUUAAAAUAAUAAAUUGA